UACAGCUGAUGACGUAUUUUUGAUUUUGACAUUUCGUUUUGUUUUUCCUUCUCAAAAAGUUUAUCUGGGAGGAAAUUUUUUUCUUCCAUAUAGUUUAAUUUGAUUUUGAUUCAGUUUGAUUUUGUUGAUUUUAACACAAAAAAAAAAUGGAAAAUGGAAAUGGAUCCGGUGCCAACAGGCCUAAAAAUAUGCUGGAACAGACACAGGCUCAAGUCAAUGAAGUUGUUGGAAUAAUGCGAGUAAAUGUUGAGAAAGUAUUAGAGAGAGAUCAGAAACUCAGUGAACUGGAUAGCCGUGCUGAUGCCUUGCAAGAAGGAGGAAAGCGAUUUGAACAACAAGCACAGAAGUUAAAAAGGAAAUAUUGGUGGAAAAAUUUGAAAAUGAUGAUUAUUCUUGGUGUUGUUGGGCUUGUCAUUCUGAUUAUUAUCAUAAUGUCGAUUUGGCCUAAUUCAGAUUCUGACACCUCUCCAUCACCAGUGACUGCUGCUUCUAAAACUGAGGCUCCCACAGGACAAUAAGGAAUCUGAAUCAGUUAUUUAUUUUUAUCUAUUUUCCAUUUAUCUAAAUAUUGUGAGUCCUAAUAUGUUAAUGUGAAACAAUUCAUUUUACCGAUGUUGCUUUAGACAAUAUUCAAUUUGUAAAAUAUUUGUAUUAUGUAUUUUUGGAGAAACUAUUAUUCCUUCAUUGAUAAUUCCGCCUAUGAAGUGCCUAAGUGCCCAUGCGCACAAAUUGAAAGGUUUAUAAUUGAUGUUUAAACUUGAAAGUAUAUUUUGUUAACCACUUUGCAAAUAAAAAACAUUUAUACAUGA